CCCGAGUCGCGGUCAGUAGGAGCAGUGCAGCUAGCAGCGCUGCAGCUCGCCCUCACGGUUUUUUUCUGGCAGAGAAGAAAACGGUGAAAUUUACGCAACAUGCCGGGAAUGAUGGAUAAAGGCUCCGAAUAUUUAGGUAAAGGUCGCUCCAACGGAACCAAAAGUCCGUCCAACGCGUCCAACGGACAUUUUUCUGACGAGAGCGGCAGCGACGACGAGCACGAUGUUGGAAUGCGGGUUGGAGCCGAUUAUCAGGCAAACAUUCCAGAGUUUGAACCCGGUUCCACCAAAUACACAGACAAAGACAGCGGCGGGAUGUUGGUUUGGUCUCCGUAUCAUUCCAUCGCUGACUCCAAAUUGGACGAGUACAUCGCCAUAGCAAAGGAGAAACACGGCUACAACGUGGAGCAGGCACUCGGCAUGCUGUUCUGGCACAAACACAACAUCGAGAAGUCUCUGGCCGACCUGCCGAACUUCACGCCGUUUCCAGAUGAGUGGACGGUGGAGGACAAAGUCCUGUUUGAGCAGGCGUUCAGCUUCCACGGGAAGAGCUUCCACCGCAUCCAGCAGAUGUUGCCAGAUAAAUCCAUCUCCAGCCUGGUCAAGUACUACUACUCCUGGAAGAAGACUCGCUCCAGAACCAGUCUGAUGGACAGACAGGCCCGAAAACUGGCCAACAAGAGCAACCAGGAUGACAGUGACGAGGAGAUGGAGGAAGCCAACCCCAUUGAAGCCAACGACAGCGACUACGACCCCAACAAGGAGGCCAAGAAAGAGAAUCAGGUGGAGCCGGUGGUUCUGGGCUUGAAGGUGGGUUUGGGUCGACGGGAACAUCAGACCCUGCAGCACCGACACCACCAGCGCUCCCGCUGCCGGCCCCCUAAAGGCAUGUACCUGACCCAGGAGGACGUGGUCGCCGUGUCCUGCAGCGCCUCCGCCGCCAACACGCUGCUCCGCCAGCUGGACAUGGAGCUGGUCUCCCUCAAGAGACAGGUCCAGAACGCAAAGCAGAUGAACAGCGGGCUGAAGCACGUGCUGGAGUCCGGGAUCGAGGACUUAAGGCUGCCGGAGUGUAACCAGAAGGUGAACGCCCGCUGGACCACGGACGAGCAGCUUCUGGCCGUUCAGGGGAUCAGGAAGUACGGGAAAGACUUCCAGGCUAUUGCGGAUGUCAUCGGCAACAAGACGGUGGGUCAGGUGAAGAACUUCUUUGUCAACUACCGACGGCGUUUCAACCUGGAGGAGGUGCUGCAGGAGUGGGAGGCAGAGCAGGGAACGCAGGCUCCCAAUGGUGACAGCGCCACCUCAGGAGAGGAGGGGAAGAACAGCUCUACCACCCCAUCGGGGAAGAGCACAGAUGAGGAGGACGAGGAGGGUCAGGUAACCUCCUCUGGUGCGUCUCCUGGUGCUGCCUCCUCUUCAGCUCAGACUCCAGUGACAUCCAGCACCUCGUCUUCCCUCCAUCAGCCCCCACCUCUCCUCCGGCCUUCCCUUCCAGCCACGCCCUCCUUGCACCGCCAGCCCCCGCCCCUGCAGCAGCAGGCUCGCUUCCUGCAGCCCCGCCCCACUCUGCAGCAGCCCCCGCCUCUCAUCCGCCCCUCAAACCCUCUGCCUCCUCGCCUCAACCCUCGCCCUCCCACCGCCAUGACGCUGAGCGGGACUCCCGGGGCGCCAGGUCCAAGCUCUGCUCAGCAAACGCCUGGCCUCGCGGUCCACCAAUCAGAAACGGCCUCAUCAUCCUCUCUUCAUUAACACCGGUCAUACUGAUGCUGACUGGUUCUCUGGCCUAUAAUCUGUAUGCAAAGCUGCGUUCAAGUACCGUGGAAAAUGAUUUGAUUAAAGCUCGCAUGAGGGGGAAAAAUGAUUGAGUUUGAACUGUAAACCAAAAUGACAAAAUCUUCUCAUUUCACGCCGAUAAGAGGCAUGAAAACAUAUUUUAGGAGUUAACAGCCUUCUGUCCUAACGGGCGUAAAUGCAGCAAAACGGCAUGCUUGU